UCUCCGAGCUCCGUUGAGUUUCGUCCCCAAAGCAGAAAACAACGCUUCCUGGUGCUUCCCGGACGUGUGCUCUACUGUUUCGCGCACUAAAAGCGAUUCUAUGUUGUGCGGGCAGCUCGUGUCCGCCGUACGGCAUCUGUGAACUUCAGUUGGCCAGUCUUUUCGCCUCCGCUCUGCGCGCCGUGCUCGAGAACGCGUGUGUGCCUGUGUGUGUUUACUAGUGUUUCCCUUCGGAGGUCGAUCGAGAAACUAUCGAGUGGACCGUGAAAGUGGGUGCAGUGAAUCAUCGGAGCGGGCGAGGUUUCUGCGACUUAUCCUUAUCGCUCUGCGUCAAAUUUGGACACAAUCGCCCACGGUACGGGACGUUCGUUGCGGGUUUCAUCCGGAGGAUCGCAACUUUCCAACGGUGUCUGCGCCAAGGGAAGCCCCCCGAAAGCAAGCGAUGACAAUGGGAGACGAUGCGCCCGUCGUCACAUCCCUGGUGCUUCCGAUCCUGAUACGACCGAUUCUGUCACAGCUCGAACGGCGCGAUGUGGUUGCAUCGCAGACACUGCGGGCCGCACUGACCAAAGCGGAACAGAGCCACCCGGGCCUGACGUACGAUCUGGUGAUGGGCAUCAUCAAGAAGGGCGACAUUAACGUUAACAUGAACGAGAGCAUCCUUCGGCUACAGGGUGCCGCCACCGAUACGGACCUGAUCGAAUAUCGCCUCAACCGGACGGAGGAUGCGUUCCAGGAGCUGAACAAAAAGUCUGCCGCCCUCAAGCGAAUUUUGAGCCGAAUUCCGGACGAGAUUGCCGAUCGAAAAACAUUCCUGGAGACGAUCAAAGAAAUAGCUAGUGCCAUUAAAAAGCUGCUCGAUGCGGUGAACGAGGUGGUUGGCUUCAUACCCGGUUCCUCCGGCAAGCAGGCGGUCGAGCAGCGCAAGAAAGAGUUCGUCAAAUAUUCGAAAAAGUUCAGCACCACUUUGAAGGAGUACUUCAAGGAAGGAGAAGCGAAUGCCGUUUUCGUAAGUGCCCUGUACCUGAUACACCAAACAAACCAGAUAAUGAUCACGGUGAAGAAUAAGUGCGAGUAGAAUCGUUACAUUACACCGUCGCCCCUAGCGGCCUAAAUUCUAGGCACAUUCAAACGGCCCGCACCGGUAGCAGCAGUAGUACCGAAUGUGGCGAAUGUUAUGAACGAAUGGGUGCCUAACGCUAGGGUUUUGUUGUUUGAUUCCAAUUAUUUUAGGCUUAACGUUAUUAUGAUUACUUUCAUUUGUUUUUCUCUUACUCUACAUCUUCCCGUGCACAGAAGGAAGGCACCGUGUUUGUUUUCCUUAUUGUUGACAGUGUUGUUAAAGACAAGUAGUGAGUGUCCGUGCGGUGUUAGGUUCCGCACGGAUUAUGUGAGUUCACUACAACCAGUUCGAAAGGAUGCCUCCUUUCGUAGAUCAGUAAUGCGACACAGUACAGCACUAAUUUAAUAUUUACAUUGCAAUAGGAAUCAUAGAGGUGCGAAUAUUACAUUAAACCAUAUAGGCAAAAGAUAUAGAACGAAAGAGGUAAAUGAAGGUAAAAGAUUGGCGCAACACGUUAGUGAGAAGCUAUAUACUAUUAUUACGAUUAAUGCUAUUAAUAAAAAUAUUACUGUUUAUUUGAACGAUCCUACAAGCCAACGGCGUGGAUAGUGAAAUAGGGAGCAAAAAAUAGAAACCGUAUCUAAAGAGGAAACUGUGGCGUCUUUCAGUAGUCCGCUGGCCGUUUGGAUGACGCGAAAUUUGUCGUUCGUUCUACUGCACUCGAGGCUAUUGUGGUGGAGCAGAAAAUCCAAUAAAACAGUAUAGU